AGCCGAGCUGUCAGCUGGCCGACCGGCAGGGGCCGAGCGACUGGCCAGCAGAGCGCGCAGCCCUCGCGGCCCGGGAGACGGAGCGCGCCCCACCCGGGGACGGCUGCCUUCCAGCCUGCCAGCAGACCGCCCGCAGCGGGACAGAGAUGCUCCUCGGCCAGGGGCCGGCGCGGGGGAGGGGCCGGGGGCGGCGGGCCGGGGCUCCCCACUGCGGGCUCCUACUGCCUUGGAGCCCCGCCUGGAUCUGCUGUUGGGCGCUCGCCGGCUGCCAGGCGGCCUGGGCUGUGGACCUGCCCUCCUCCUCCGGCCGCCCGCUUCCUCCUUGCUUGGAGAAAGAUUACCACUUCGAAUACACAGAAUGCGAUAGCAGUGGGUCCAGGUGGAGAGUUGCCAUUCCGAAUUCCGCAGUGGACUGUUCCGGCCUGCCUGACCCAGUGAGAGGCAAAGAAUGCACUUUCUCCUGUGCUUCUGGGGAGUAUCUAGAAAUGAAGAACCAGGUAUGCAGUAAGUGUGGUGAAGGCACCUAUUCCUUGGGCAGUGGCAUCAAAUUUGAUGAAUGGGACGAAUUGCCAGCUGGAUUUUCCAACGUUGCAACAUUCAUGGACACUGUGGUUGGCCCUUCUGACAGCCGGCCAGAUGGCUGUAACAACUCUUCCUGGGUCCCCCGAGGAAAUUACAUAGAGUCCAACCGUGAUGACUGCACGGUGUCCUUGAUAUAUGCUGUGCACCUCAAAAAAUCGGGUUAUGUCUUUUUUGAGUACCAGUAUGUUGACAACAACAUCUUCUUUGAGUUCUUUAUUCAAAAUGAUCAGUGCCAGGAGAUGGACACCACCGCUGACAAGUGGGUAAAACUCACAGACAAUGGAGAAUGGGGCUCUCAUUCUGUAAUGUUGAAAUCAGGCACAAACAUACUGUACUGGAGAACUACAGGCAUCCUUAUGGGUUCUAAAGCAGUCAAGCCAGUGCUGGUAAAAAAUAUCACAAUUGAAGGGGUGGCGUACACCUCGGAAUGCUUUCCGUGCAAGCCAGGUACCUUCAGUGACAAACCAGGUUCCUUCAUCUGCCAGGUUUGUCCCAGAAACACCUAUUCUGAGAAAGGAGCCAAAGAAUGCAUCAAGUGUGAUGAGGACUCCCAGUUUUCAGAAGAGGGAUCCAGCGAAUGUACGGAGCGCCCUCCCUGUACCAUGAAAGACUAUUUCCAGAUCCACACUCCAUGUGAUGAAGAAGGAAAGACACAAAUAAUGUACAAGUGGAUAGAGCCCAAAAUCUGCCGGGAGGAUCUCACGGAUGCUAUUAGGUUGCCCCCUUCUGGAGAGAAGAAGGACUGUCCACCUUGCAACCCUGGAUUUUUUAACAAUGGAUCAUCUUCUUGCCAUCCCUGCCCUCCGGGAAUGUUUUCAGAUGGAACAAAGGAAUGUAGACCGUGCCCAGCAGGAACAGAGCCUGCUCUUGGGUUUGAGUAUAAAUGGUGGAAUGUCCUUCCUGGCAACAUGAAAACCUCCUGCUUCAAUGUUGGGAACUCAAAGUGUGAUGGAAUGAAUGGUUGGGAGGUGGCUGGAGAUCAUAUCCAGAGUGGGGCUGGAGGUUCUGAUAAUGAUUACCUGAUCUUAAACUUGCAUAUCCCAGGAUUUAAACCGCCAACAUCAAUGACUGGAGCUAUGGGUUCUGAACUGGGAAGAAUUACAUUUGUUUUUGAGACUCUCUGUUCAGCCGACUGUGUUCUGUACUUCAUGGUGGAUAUUAAUAGAAAAAGUACCAAUGUGGUGGAAUCAUGGGGUGGAACCAAAGAAAAACAAGCUUAUACCCAUGUCAUCUUCAAGAAUGCCACGUUCACAUUCACAUGGGCAUUCCAGAGGACGAAUCAGGGUCAAGAUAAUAGACGGUUCAUCAAUGACAUGGUGAAGAUUUAUUCUAUCAUUGCCACUAAUGCAGUUGAUGGGGUGGCAUCCUCAUGCCGUGCCUGUGCCCUCGGUUCUGAACAGUCGGGCUCAUCGUGUGUCCCCUGCCCCCCAGGCCACUACAUUGAGAAAGAAACCAACCAGUGCAAGGAGUGUCCACCUGAUACCUACCUGUCCAUACAUCAGGUCUAUGGCAAGGAGGCUUGUAUUCCGUGUGGGCCUGGGAGUAGAAGCACGCAGGACCACUCAGUUUGCUACAGUGACUGCUUUUUCUACCAUGAAAAAGAAAAUCAGAGUUUGCGCUAUGACUUCAGCAACCUCAGCAGUGUGGGCUCCUUAAUGAAUGGUCCCAGCUUUACUUCCAAAGGGACAAAAUACUUCCAUUUCUUCAAUAUCAGUUUAUGUGGGCAUGAGGGGAAGAAGUCGGCCCUCUGUACCAACAACAUAACAGACUUUACAGUAAAGGAAACGGCGGCAGGGUCAGAGGAUUACACAAAUUUAGUAGGAGCAUUUGUAUGCCAGUCAACUAUUAUUCCUUCUGAAAGUAAGGGUUUCCGAGCAGCCUUAUCCUCACAGUCCAUCAUUCUGGCAGAUACGUUUUUAGGAGUGACAGUUGAAACCACAUUGCAAAAUAUUAAUAUAAAAGAAGAUAUGUUCCCAGUUUCACCAAGCCAAAUUCCAGAUGUGCAUUUCUUUUAUAAGUCUUCUACAACUACAACCUCUUGUGUUAAUGGCCGAUCAACUGCUGUGAAAAUGAGGUGUAAUCCUGCUAAACAGGGAGCAGGAGUGAUUUCCGUCCCCAGCAAGUGUCCAGCUGGCACCUGUGAUGGAUGUUCAUUCUAUUUCCUAUGGGAGAGUGCUGAAGCUUGCCCUCUGUGCACAGAGCACGACUUCCAUGAAAUUGAGGGAGCCUGUAAGAGAGGGUUUCAGGAAACCUUAUAUGUAUGGAAUGAACCUAAGUGGUGCAUUAAAGGAAUUUCUCUGCCUGAGAAAAAGUUGUCCACCUGUGAAACGGUUGACUUUUGGCUAAAAGUGGGAGCAGGUGUGGGAGCUUUUACAGCUGUUUUGCUGGUUGCUCUAACUUGCUACUUCUGGAAAAAGAAUCAGAAACUGGAGUACAAAUAUUCCAAAUUAGUAAUGACCACCAACUCAAAAGAGUGUGAACUCCCAGCUGCAGACAGCUGUGCUAUCAUGGAAGGAGAAGACAAUGAAGAGGAAGUUGUUUAUUCCAAUAAACAGUCACUUCUGGGGAAACUCAAAUCCUUGGCAACAAAGGAAAAAGAAGACCAUUUUGAAUCUGUUCAGCUGAAAUCCUCAAGAUCUCCAAACAUAUGAAAAGACUGUGCUGUAGCCUUCAGACUGAUGAACAAAGAAACCUGCUCUCUAGUUUUCCAGGGCCGUAGCUUAGAGCCUGUCCUCGUAUCUGGCACAUUGGUGAUGUCACAGAGGAGGGCCAUGCCGCUGAAAAGGAAGGAGGUUGAACAGUUUGAUUGCCUUAUCAUGGUCAAGUAUCUUGCCAAAAAUAGGAAAGCAAGUGGUUUGAGUCUCAACUGAAGAUGAAGCUCAACUCAGGAAGAGAUUUAUCUGUAUAUACACAUAACUCAAAACCAAGGUUAAGCCCACCAGUGCACUGCUGAUGCAUGACAUAUAAUUAAUGGGUAAUUUUCUUCUUUAUAACUUCUAUUUAAAAAGUCUGUUUGGAGGACAGAUGUGAGCAUAUGCAUUGUAAUCCCAUUUAUGUCUUUUAUUUGUUUAUAUUUGGGGGAAAAUUUAAAAAAUUUUUUAAGGUACAGUUAU